AUGCGCUAUGGGCUUCCAAAGAAAUCUAAAAUCAAUGGAAUUAAUAAAGUUAUUGCAGUUGCAUCAGCAAAAGGAGGCGUUGGAAAAUCGACAAUUUCAACAAAUUUAGCUGUUGCAAUGUCUCUUUCUGGAAGAAAAGUAGGUCUUUUGGAUGCUGAUAUAUUUGGUCCCUCCAUACCAAAAAUGUUUAAUUUAUUUGAAAAACCUUAUUUAUCAGAAAAAAAGCAUUUUGUUCCUUUGACAAAUUAUGGUGUUAAAAUAAUGUCAAUGGGACUUCUUAUAAACAAAGAUUCACCUAUAGUUUGGAGAGGAUUGAUGGUAAUGAAAGCUUUACAGCAAUUAAUACAUGAUGUAGACUGGGGAACAUUAGAUUUAUUAGUUAUUGAUAUGCCUCCAGGAACAGGUGAUACACAACUUACAAUCACUCAACAAAUUAUUCUAGAUGGCGUGGUUAUUGUUUCUACACCUCAGGACAUUGCUUUAAUGGAUGCAAUUAGAGGAAUUAAUAUGUUUCGGAAAAUGGAUAUUAAAAUUCUUGGAGUUGUUGAAAAUAUGAGCGUAUUCGUAUGCCCAAAUUGUAACUACAAUACACAUAUUUUUGGAAUUGAUGGACUUAAACGUACUGCAAAGAACAUGAAUAUUGAAGUUCUUGCUAAUAUUCCACUACAUGAAGACAUUGUACAAGAUUGCGAAAAAGGUUAUCCAACUGUUAUUGCUGAUCCUAGUAGUUCUCAAUCUUUAUCAUUUAAAACAUUGGCCAAUAUUAUUUGGGAGAAAUUAUAA